GUGUGUACUGAUAUUCCCCUCUACUGUGUAUAUUUUUAAUUGUUUUAUUUAAAACCAAUGUGUUGUAAACAGUUUCAGGGUGCUACUGAUAACUUAUAAAAUAAUUGAUAAAAUAGUGGAUACUGAGAGUACUGUGCAAGUGUAACACCUAGAAAUAAGACAGGAAUCUCCACAUGUAUUUUGCAAAUUAAGCGUGAUGGGAUCUCCCUUCUCUUCGUCUACGCCACUUUAUGGUGAUUUAACAGGCCUUCCACUUGGCGACAGAGUUGUAAAGGUAAAUCCACUUGAGGAAGAAAAAUUGACACUACUGGAUCACAUCAAAAAACUCGAAAACGACAUAGCCAAACUAUGCAAAGAGCUAACGCUUAUGAAAGAGAACGAAUGCAUUUUGAAGAAGAACAUUUCCGAACUCUUCAAUACCGCUAAAGUAGAAAACGAACGCAAUCUAAGACGAAUCGAUGAAUUACAAGAUGAACUGGACAACUUUCGGUUUAGACGAGGCACACAAUCGAUGCCAGAGAGAAAACGUUCAAGAGAGCAGGAGCAGGUCGAAACCAAACGAGCGAGACCGGAUAGAUCGCCCGACCGAAGUCGAUGCAGGGAUUAUAAACCUUUGCGAUCGAUUGACCGUCAUCACGAUAGAUUUCGGACGGAACGCGAAAGGAGUAACAGUGCAGAUCGGCGGAGAAGUCGAGAACGCGAUCAUUACAGGCAUCAAGCUGCGCAGAGACCUGGUCGGAAUAGAGAGAAUGACAGAUUGGGUAGAAAUGUGAAAGUGGAUAGGUGCCAAAGUGAUAAUUUGAAAAUUGAAAUAAGAAAUGAAAGAGCCUCGUACGGCAAGGAAGAGGAUGAGAGAACGUAUAGAUCAGAAGACGCUCAUGUAGCAAGUUCUGAACAUAAGAUGAAAGAUGAACUUCCAAUUGAAGUUAGUUUAAAUUCAAGUGCAAGCAAACGAAGACGAUGUGUAAUAAAAAUGAUUAAUUGACCUUAUGCACAUUUUAAACUAAUUUUGUACUGUUUUAAAGUUGAAAUCCUGUCACCUAGGUAUAUUUUGUAUAGCCUGUACUCGAUACUGUUAUUUGUUAAACUCAUAGAAAAUGUU